CAAUGCAACAACAAUUUCAAAUUAUUGAAGUUGAAGCAAGAGAAAGCCGGAGCACAGUGCUGCCUCUUUCGUUUUCAAUUUCAAAUUUUUUAUUUUUCGUAAAAAAAUAGGUUUAAUUUCAUACUGACGCACCUUGUCUUCUUUAUAACGGUCGGAUGAUCCGAAAAACGGCCUAUAUUCACGCCGUUAAACUCCCAAUCAUAGUCAAUUACCGUCACUUUAAUUUUCAAACGCCCCGUAACGGAACUGUAACGGACUUUAAAUUCAAUUUUUUAACCUUUUUUAAAAUCAUUUCCAUCUACACAAAUCAUUUUUUUUCCUUUUUUCAGCUCACAAAAAGACGCUCUUUCUUCACCACACACACAAGCUUUCUCUAUAGUAAACAAUUUAAAAAACUUAACAAAUUAAAAAAAAAAAAGUGCUUCUCUAGUGCUUUUGCAGUGAAGUGCAAUUUAUAGUGUUUUUAAGUCUUUGACUUGAAGCUUUCUUUCUCACGUGAAAUUCUGUUUUGAAUAGAACACUCUAGAAUCGAUUAAUUGAAAAGCCGGCACUAUCACUGUUUCGUUUUCGUUUUCAUCGAUUAGGAUUUGAUUUGGUUGAGAUUGGAAGUUGGAAGUGUAAUGGAGGUUCAACAGAAAAGAGGUGGUGGAUUGGUGCCGCUAUCGCCGUCGCAGACGCCGCGUUCUACUGAUAAGCCGGCGCGAGAUCUGCGAUCUGCUGAUUCAAAUUCGAGUGGUUAUAAUAAGUAUGAUAAAGAGAAAGGAGUCAAUGUUCAGGUUCUGGUUCGGUGCAGGCCGUUGAAUGAAGAUGAAAUUCGACUUCAUACACCUGUUGUGAUUUCGUGUAAUGAGGGAAGAAGAGAAGUUGCGGCUGUACAGAGUAUUGCUAAUAAGCAGAUCGAUAGAACCUUUGCAUUUGACAAGGUGUUUGGCCCUACCUCUCAACAGAAAGAACUGUAUGAUCAGGCAGUGUCUCCUAUUGUGUAUGAAGUGCUUGAAGGCUAUAACUGUACAAUUUUUGCAUAUGGUCAGACAGGAACAGGGAAGACAUACACAAUGGAAGGAGGUGCAAUAAAGAAGAAUGGUGAAUUUCCAAGUGAUGCUGGUGUCAUUCCAAGAUCUGUGAAGCAGAUUUUUGAUAUAUUAGAAGCUCAGAGUGCUGAAUACAGCAUGAAAGUAACAUUUUUGGAGCUUUACAAUGAGGAAAUAAGUGAUCUUUUGGCCCCUGAGGAGACUACAAGAUUUGUAGAUGACAAGUCUAAGAAACCCAUUGCUUUAAUGGAAGAUGGGAAAGGGGGUGUGCUUGUCAGAGGAUUAGAAGAAGAGAUCGUUUGCACUGCAAAUGAAAUUUACAAGAUAUUGGAAAAAGGUUCUGCGAAAAGGCGUACUGCCGAGACUCUUCUGAACAAGCAAAGUAGCCGUUCUCACUCCAUAUUUUCUAUUACAAUUCAUAUUAAGGAAUGUACUCCGGAAGGGGAAGAAAUGAUUAAAUGUGGGAAGUUAAAUCUUGUGGACCUCGCAGGCUCUGAGAACAUUUCACGUUCUGGUGCAAGAGAGGGUCGAGCAAGAGAGGCUGGGGAGAUAAAUAAAAGCUUGCUUACACUUGGUCGAGUGAUCAAUGCUCUGGUUGAGCACUCAGGUCAUGUUCCAUAUAGAGAUAGCAAGUUAACCAGGCUGUUGAGGGAUUCUUUGGGUGGUAAGACCAAGACAUGCAUUAUUGCCACAGUAUCACCUUCCAUUCACUGUCUUGAAGAAACACUCAGUACCUUGGAUUAUGCACACCGAGCUAAAAAUAUCAAGAACAAACCAGAGGUUAAUCAGAAAAUGAUGAAGUCUGCAAUGAUUAAAGAUUUGUAUUCUGAAAUUGACAGACUAAAGCAAGAGGUGUAUGCUGCAAGAGAGAAAAAUGGAAUCUAUAUUCCACGCGAUCGUUACCUUCACGAAGAAGCUGAGAAGAAGGCCAUGACUGAAAAGAUAGAACGAAUGGAACUAGAUGCAGACUCAAAGGAUAAGAACCUGGUGGAACUUCAAGAGCUCUACAAUUCUCAGCAACUUUUGACUGCUGAAUUAAGCGAGAAACUUGAAAAAACUGAGAGAAGUCUAGAGGAAACUGAACAGACAUUAUUUGAUCUCGAGGAAAGGCACAAACAAGCAAAUGCAACAAUUAAGGAAAAGGAGUUUUUGAUAUCAAAUCUCCUAAAAUCUGAGAAAGAACUGGUAGAACGUGCAAUUGAACUACGAGCAGAGCUUGAGAAUGCUGCAUCGGAUGUGUCAAAUCUGUUUUCCAAAAUUGAGCGCAAGGAUAAAAUUGAAGAAGGAAACAGGGUGCUUAUCCAGCAAUUCCAGUCCCAGUUAGCUCAGCAACUUGAAGCUUUGCAUAAGACAGUUUCAGCAUCUGUAAUGCAUCAAGAGCAGCAACUGAAGGAUAUGGAAGAAGAUAUGCAGUCUUUUGUAUCAACAAAAUCAGAGUCUACUGAAGAUCUUAAAGUAAGGGUGGGAGAGUUGAAAAACAUGUAUGGUUCUGGAAUUAAAGCUUUGGAUAAUCUAGCCGAGGAGCUUAAAGGAAAUAACCAAUUAACGUAUGAAGACUUGAAAUCUGAAGUCGCUAAGCAUUCAUCUGCCUUGGAGGAUCUUUUUAAAGGAAUCGCCUUAGAAGCUGAUUCAUUACUGAAUGAUCUUCAAAAUAGUCUCCACAAGCAAGAGGCCAAUUUAACAUCUUAUGCUCAUCAACAGCGAGAGGCACAUGCCAGAGCAGUCGAGACUACACGUGCAGUAUCUAAAAUAACGAUGAACUUUUUUGAGACAAUAGACAGGCAUGCAUCAAGUUUGACCCAAAUUGUGGAAGAAACACAAAUUGUUAAUGAUCAGAAAUUGAGCGAGCUUGAAAAGAAAUUUGAGGAGUGCACUGCUUAUGAAGAAAAGCAACUGCUGGAGAAAGUAGCAGAAAUGCUAGCAAGUUCAAAUGCUAGAAAGAAAAAACUGGUUCAAAUGGCCGUUAAUGAUCUUCGAGAAAGUGCAAACUGUAGAACCAGUAAAUUGCAGCAAGAAGCAUUAACCAUGCAGGAUUCCACUUCUUCUGUCAAGGCAGAAUGGAUGAUUCACAUGGAAAAAACAGAAUCCAACUAUCUUGAGGAUACUUCUGCUGUGGAAUCUGGAAAGCAAGAUCUUGCAGAGGUUCUUCAAAUCUGCCUCAACAAGGCAGAAGUAGGUUCACAACAAUGGAGAAAUGCUCAAGAGUCAUUGCUAAGUUUAGAGAAGAAAAAUGCUGCAUCCGUGGAUACUAUUGUUCGGGGAGGAAUGGAAGCUAAUCAAGCUCUACGGGCCCGAUUCUCAAGUGCUGUGUCAACUACUGUUGAAGAUGCAGGAAUAGCCAACAAGGAUAUUAACUCAUCUAUUGAUCAUUCAUUGCAACUUGAUCAUGAAGCUUGUGGGAAUUUAAAUUCCAUGAUUACCCCAUGCUGUGGUGACUUGAGAGAAUUGAAGGGUGGUCAUUACCACAGAAUUGUGGAGAUAACUGAGAAUGCGGGGAAAUGUCUUCUCAAUGAAUACAUGGUUGACGAACCAUCUUGUUCAACACCGACAAGAAGACUCUUCAAUUUACCAAGUGUUUCAUCCAUAGAAGAGCUAAGAACACCAUCUUUUGAGGAACUUUUGAAGGCAUUCUGGGAUGCGAAAUCUCAGAAACAACCAAAUGGAGAUGUUAAACACAUUGGUUCAUAUGAAGCUACUACUCCUACUCAAUCAGUAAGAGAUUCCAGAGUUCCUCUUACUGCUAUUAAUUAAGACCUUAUUAAUCAAGACCCUCGAUAUUCUGUAAAUAGCAUAUUUGUUCAGAUGUAAUUCUAUAAAAUUAUAUAUAUUUAUUUGUUAUUAUUUUUGGGAAAUAGAGGAAAAAUGUUACCUUUUUUAUAGUUAGUAUCGCUUCUGCAAUUGUCCGUAGAGGUAAGAAAUAUAAUUUUGGGAGUUUGCAUA